UGACCUCCUGCCUCCAGAGUGUGUAUAGGGCCCCUGUCCCCCCCCCCGGGUCAGAGGUCACCAUCCCCUAUGCUACUGACAAGUUUUUCGUGGGCCAGUGUCCGGACCACUACAAAUUACCCACAAUUCCUGAAAACCGGAACCUUCUAGAAUACUACAAUGCUGUGGAUGUCGAGAAUAUGGUUAUAAUAUUUGCGUCAAUGCUGUACGAACGCAGAAUUAUCAUUACCUCUCGGCGAGUAUCCAGGCUGUCUGCGUGUGUCCAGGCCGCUAACCUGCUGCUGUGGCCUAUGCAGUGGCAACACAUCUUCAUUCCUGUCCUCCCGCAGCAUUUAAUUGACUAUCUCCUGGCCCCUAUGCCGUUCCUGAUUGGGGUGGCUACGGGGCUCUUGACGAAGGUGCAAAUGGAGGACGUGGGAGAGGCAGUAAUCCUCGACGCAGACGCAAACACAGUUACGUCACCUUUUGAAGACAUCGCCAGCCUCCCUCCAGAAGUCACCAGCACUCUGAGACGACACCUACGCUCUGCCCACAACACUAUGGGGGACGGUGUGGCCCGGGCGUUCCUCAGGGCACUGGUGACGCUCAUAGGGAACUACAAAGAAGCUCUCCAGUUUAGAGAAGAUGACAAGAAGAUAACGUUCUGCCGAGAGAGAUUCGUGUCCCUCCGUCCUCUACAUAUGCAGGCCUUUGCUGAAAAACUGUUACAGCUACAAAUAUUCCAGCAGUUUAUCGAGGAAAGACUUCAAAAACUUAAUUCAGGAAAGCAAACUUCAGAUGACUUCGAGCUUGAGGUCAGCUUGCUUGGAGAAAGGUCAGGAUCAAAGGUCAAGCAGCAAUACCGACAGUUUGUGACCAGCGUGAGGAAGGACGGGGGGGCCAUUAUCAAGACCAUGAAGAGUAAGAGUCCUUUUAAGCACCUGAGGACUGCUGAUCCCCCUACGAAUCCUGCUGUUAAGUCCGCUGUCAAAAGUGUCACCAAGGGCAGCAAACAAGUGAAAGAAAAAGGACGACAAACGUACAAGGAAUUUCGAGGUCGUUUGAGAGACUUACACCAGCUGAGAGACGACCCCCGGACCAGCCCCCCCUCAUGGGUCAAUGGUGACGGCAUGCAGAAGAAGCCUCGAUCUGCCCCCACCUCCCCAACCUCCACCCGGCGCCCCCGCAGUGCCGUGGGGGGCGGGGGGGCGGGGGGGUUCGUGGUGAAGACUACCUACAAGAGGUCCACACAGGGAGGGGUGAGAGAGGACAGGUGAGAUGGAAGAAAUCAUAAGAGCGAAAUUAGGAGGCGAGGAG